UUAUGAAUAUGCGGUACAGAGAGAGAAGAGAUUUUAAGACAUUUGUUUUCGCAGAUUUUAUACUUUAAUCGUAUAAACAUGCGUAGUUUGUGUAUUUGAGGUAUCUGUGGAGAGCUCAAAAGAUACUAAGCGAUUCAGUUCUUAACAUGAACGUAAACCGGACUUCUCGAGAACUUUUUAGAUUGCCUGGCACACGCGUCUCCGGAGGGCAGGCGCUGUAAUAAACGUGUUGCGUAAAAAUACUCCUCAACUGACUUAGGCUAACCAUUAUACCCCCUGUCGCAAUGGAAGGUGGUGAUAUUGGGACUCCCUAUCGAUUUCUUGAACUCCAGACCAUAAACCGGAUCCUGGAUGGACCUGGGCGAAAACAGCUGGUCCAUGGUUAAGCGAGAAGUGUCCAGCAGCCCAGGGUCGCCGGCUGAGCAGAGCUACCUGCAGGGUGACAGAAGGGACCGGCACGCCUCGGAGGAGCUGAGGUCACCCCCGACAGCUCAUCUUGACAGUUUGGGAAAUCGGCGCCCAGAGGGCAGGGCCUUGCACUCCUACGUUCACUUUGGACACCACAACAACACGCUGCCCAGCUCAGAGGACAUCACGCUGUUCACGGAUUUGGACCAGGGCAACAAGCUCAUCAUUUCCAGCGGCGCGCACAAGGGAGGCUUAAUCGUCGACCCCAGCGACAUGUAUCAAACCCUCGCCAUAGCGGCGGCUCAGAGCCAGGCAGGAUACGACUCCCCUGCCGGUGGUUAUAUGCACUCCACAUCCACCUCCCCGGUGUAUGUGCCGACAUCCCGGGUGGGACCCAUGAUUUCCAGCCUCCCCUACCUUCAGGGGAGCGGCUCGGCGCAGCCGACCCACGGAGUCAGCGGCCACUCGGUCUGGUCGCAGCCUACCCCGGAAAGUCCUUCCUACAGCACCGGGAGCCCGCACGCCUCGAACCGUUUCCACUAUUCUCCAAGUCCGCCCAUGAAUAACGGCGCUUCCAGGGACAGCAGCUACAGUAAUUCUCUGAAUGUGAACGGCAGAGAUCAGUACGGCCUUGCCCGACCUCUCAGUGGAUCCUACCCCAGCCCGUACGCUCCAUACGUGGGACCGCAGCUAUCCACGGCGUGGCCCGCGGGGCCAUUUGACAAUACGAUGCUGCAUUCACUACAAAGGGGUGGGACGCCAAUUCCAAUUAGGGGACCCAAUGGAGAUAUAUUGGAAGACCUGGGAGAAAGCCGAGAAUGCGUAAACUGCGGGUCCAUUUCAACGCCGCUGUGGAGACGGGAUGGCACCGGGCACUUUCUGUGUAACGCCUGCGGCCUCUACAGCAAAAUGAACGGGCUCAGUCGGCCGCUAAUCAAACCACAGAAGCGAAUGUCUUCGUCAAGGCGGAUUGGCCUGUCCUGUGCUAACUGCCAGACCAGCACAACCACACUGUGGCGGAGGAAUGCAGAGGGAGAACCAGUGUGCAAUGCCUGUGGACUGUACACCAAAUUACAUGGGGUGCCAAGACCUCUUGCUAUGAAGAAAGAGGGCAUCCAGACGAGGAAGAGGAAACCAAAGACCUUGAACAAGACCAAGGGCUCCUCCGGCAACGCUAACCCUGUCCCCAUGACUCCAACCUCCACGUCUUCCUCGAAUUCCGAAGACUGCUCCAAGAACACCUCUCCAUCCGCACAGGUGUCUGUCCAAGGGGUCAACUCUUCCACCAUGGCGGGCCAGGGGGAGGCCUCCGUCCUGGGCAGCUCCACGGUGAAGUACGCGGGGCAGGAGGGCCUCUAUCCCGGGGUCAGCCUGACCUCCACGGCCGAUGUGGCCGGCACGGUGCGCGGCGAGCCCUGGUGCCCCAUGGCGCUGGCCUGAUCCUGGGCGCCCGGGGACCGGCCGGCCCUCCCUCCCCGACUGCAAGCCUCUCACUGGACCUCCUGCUGUCUUGGCAUCCAAUCCACAGAAACUCUGCAUGGGACUAUCUCUCCAUUCUGCUUUGGGUGCUCACACCCUCCCCGCCCCACACACCCCUCAACCACCCCCUGUUUCUUCAGUUUUGAAGAGAAGCUGGACGUUAAAUAACAGCAACACAACAACAAGAAUUGCCUCAUACUCCUUCCUGCUAUCUUUUCUGUGCGUGGGACCGAUUGAAGGUUGGAUCGAUGUUUGCAGUAAUCAAGAGAGUCAUUACGCUUUCUGUGCCUUUAAGAAGGGAAAUAUUUAAGCACAGUUUUGUUGACUUUUUUGAGGUGUACUCCUUUUGUGUCUGCAGUGGCACCUUUCAGAAUUUUCUAUGUUCCUUGCUCAUCUCUCAGUGGACGCGUGGUAAAGGAAAUGAUCAAUGUCACAUGGAUCAAAUUGAUUUCAUUUGAUAAAUAUAUACAUGUGUACAUUAUGUUUAUGGAUAUUCACCCUCUACCAGAAAACGUAGUUUAAGAGAUCUUUGUGCUUUGCAGAAGUAAAAAAUUAUGUCCAUGCACAACGUCAGUACUUUUCUCAGCAACUGGAAUAGAAGAUAAAGUACAAAGAAAUCCUGAAUCAAGCCAAAAAUAUUUAUUAACCUUUCAUUGUUGAAAUGAAUAUAUCAUUUUGUUAAUAAAAUAAAGAUGUGCAAAUAGAGUAGAAGUAAAUCUUAAUUUUUAUGUGCCUUUUAAGGGUGAACGCAUUUCUUUUUUUGACGUAGUUUUCGUUUGUGACGAAGCUGCACACGUUUUCCUUCUGAAAGUUCUUAUUGUAUUUGGCUAACGUUGUUAAGGUUUUAUACAGGGUAAGAAACAAUCUGACUUCCAUCCAGCUUUGAAAAUAGUGCAAUCGUGUGUUCUUGUCACAAUAAUCAGUGUUAAAUCAAGUAUUUUAGAUUUAACAGCAAAUCUUGCUAUUUGUGUAAAAUGUCUUUAACUGAAAGGUACUUAUGCAAUUCUAUUGCUGACGCUGAUUUUCAAAUGAAGUUGAGAGGUCUACAUAUUGUUAACAGUAUAAAAGUAAAACAAAUAACGGCAAAAUUAAAUAAUUAAAACAUAAAAUAAAUUUGAAUUACUGGCAAAAUCUAUAAGAACAAAUUGCACUCAGGAAAAUGUUAAUGAUGCAUCUGUUUGUUGCGUGGUAAUAUUCAAAAGAGGAAGAAAAGCAUUGAGGCAAUAUCUUAUGGACGUGACCAAGACUUCACUACCUAACUGAUACAUAUGUGAAUACUCCAAGGCAUAUGUAUGUAACCUGCGUUUUUAAGAUACUAUUUGUAUCAUAGAUGUAUGUAUAGAUUGACUGAAGCCACAUGUUGUCUUUCAUUUCAAAAAGAAAUGCCUUUGCCAUGUUGCC